CCAAUCAGCGAGCGCCACACGGCCCACCUUGUGGAGAGGCCAGCGCAAGAUGGCUGCUGUGUGUCGGAGCGUGAAGGGUCUGGUCGCCGUCAUAACAGGAGGAGCCUCGGGCUUAGGCCUGGCCACAGCGGAGCGACUGAUAGGGCAGGGGGCCACUGCUGUGCUUCUGGACCUGCCCAACUCGGAUGGGGAGGCCCAGGCCAAGAAGUUAGGGAAGAGCUGUGCCUUCGCCCCAGCCGAUGUGACCUCAGAGAAGGACGUGCAAGCAGCCCUGACUCUAGCAAAAGAAAAGUUUGGCCGUGUGGAUGUGGCAGUCAACUGUGCAGGCAUUGCAGUGGCCAUCAAGACAUACAACUUAAAGAAGAGCCAGGCCCAUACCUUGGAGGACUUUCAGCGAGUUCUCAGUGUAAGGCCUUGGAGGUUCUCCAGGGUGAAUCUCAUAGGCACCUUCAAUGUGAUCCGCCUGGUGGCUGGUGAGAUGGGCCAGAAUGAACCAGAUCAGGGAGGCCAACGUGGGGUCAUCAUCAACACCGCCAGCGUGGCUGCCUUCGAGGGCCAGGUUGGACAAGCUGCAUACUCUGCCUCCAAGGGGGGCAUAGUGGGCAUGACACUGCCCAUUGCUCGGGAUCUGGCACCCAUGGGCAUCCGGGUGAUGACCAUUGCUCCAGGCCUAUUUGGCACCCCACUGCUGACCAGCCUCCCAGAGAAAGUACGCAACUUCCUGGCCAGCCAGGUGCCCUUCCCCAGCCGACUGGGCGACCCUGCUGAGUAUGCUCAUCUGGUACAGGCCAUCAUUGAGAACCCAUUCAUCAAUGGAGAGGUCAUCCGGCUGGAUGGGGCCAUCCGCAUGCAGCCUUAAAGGGAGAGGGCAGAGAAAACACAUGCUCCUCUGCUCUUCCUUCCCAGCUUGGGAGAAAGCCCAGUAGCCAUUUUGUAACUGCCCAUUAGUCACCCUCUGUGCCUAAUAAAGUCUCUAUUUCUCACAGGGA